UAGUGAGCCACUCACAGAAGGCCAUUGAAGCCAUAAAACUUGAUUGUGCUUCCUCAGGAGCUGGCACUGUUACACUCUGCUCACUCUCUUGGGGUUUUCCUGCACAGUUCAGGAAGCACUUAAAAUCACAAUGUCUGAGGCACCGAAACCGAAACCUAAGAUUUCAGCAUCGCGAAGGCUGUUCCUGAAGACUAAAAUAUUAAAGAAAGCAAGCACACUGAUCGCAAAUGAGAAGGAAGAGAAACAGAGGGAGAGGGAAAGAGUUCUGAACGAGAGAGUGCCUCCUCUGAAGCUGUCUGGCCUGUCUGUGCAGGAGCUGCAGGCUCUGUGUAGAGAACUACACCAAAAGAUUGAUGUAGUAGAUGAAGAGAGAUAUGACAUUGCAGCCAAAGUGACCAAAAAUGAAAAAGAGAUCGAAGAUCUGUCCCAUAAAAUCUUUGAGCUGAAGGGCAAAAUGAAGAGACCUGCACUGAGGAGGGUGAAGAUUUCUGCUGAUGCCAUGCUGGGUGCUCUUCUGGGCUCCAAGGUCAAGGAGUCUGUGGACUUCAAAGCCAACCUCAAAACAGUCAAGAAGGAGGAAGAAAAGAAAGAGGAGGUGACUGACUGGCGUAAGAACGUGGAGGCCAUGUCUGGCAUGGAGGGCAGGAAGAAGCUGUUUGAUGCUGGUGGACAGUAAACGGUGAUCAUCGUUUUGGGGGCUGUAUCAAGGAUGUGCACUGGUGAGAGAGAAUAUUCUCCACCAGUUUCUUACUGACAUGAAAAUCUGGUAAAGAACCUUUGAUAUGAAGAUUGAGAU